AUGCACGUCGUUAUCAGACUUCAAAACCAUGGUUGUAGGAAUCACAAGUUCUGGUGGAUAGUAGUGGCACCAAGGAAACGAAACGUUAAAGGUAGAUUCAUAGAGCAUCUUGGAUAUUGGGUACCUCAUGAAAGAAAGGUUGUACAGAGAUCAGUCAUUCUGAAUAAACCUAGAAUACGAUACUGGUUGGCUUAGGGAGCAGGAGUUACUCCAAAAAUACACAGAUUUUUGUCUUGGAUCGAUUUAUUGCCACCUCCCCUCAUCAAAUUCGGAUCUAAGACCUUGUAUGAAAAACCCAAAACCCCAAUUUCAGUUGAUACAUUCAAGCCCUUCAAUAGGCCCUUUUAAAGCUCAAUUGAAUACCAAUUCUUGGACAAAAUAAAUGAAAAUUAAGUGAAUAAUGAUUUGAAAAGGAAAAUUUUAUAUUCUUAAUAAAAGGUAGAAGAAAUUCCUGCCACUUCAGUGGAAUUAGAAAAGGAAUGGGACAGAUUGAGAGCAGAGGUCUAUUAAAUCGAGAAGGACAACAAAGCAGUAAAUCCAGAGAAGAAAGAGCUGGUUUUCAAGAAGAUCAAUGAAAUCGCUAAGCAAUGGUUUACAGAAAAGUAGAUGGAAGGUUUGAAGCAACUUUCCCAAGAGAAAGCAAACAUCAAAGUAGACAAUAAAAAUUUGAAAGAACAAAUAAUGAUUUAAAAUUUGGCCAUUCAAACUUAGAAGUCAUUAGAAGACAAAUAAACCUGGAUCAAUGAUUUAAUUCCUUUAAAUCAAGACGAAGCCUUCAGAUACAUUCUUAAGGUUAGAAAACGAGUGAGAGCUGCUAGAAUUGCUCUCAAGAGGAUUUAUGAUUUCGCCUAUGCUUCAAGCCAAGUGGUGAGCAGAGCUUUCAUUGACGAUUUCCUGAGAAAUAGGAAUGGUAGACAGAAAGUCGUCCCCAACGAAUAACAUAAGGAUCUAAAACACGACAUUAUUGAAACUAUGCAUUACAUUCCUGUUAACAGACCUGUGCAUCCACUUCCUGACUUUGAAGCCUAUGAUCCAGAGGAAUAUACCGACGUCAAGAGACAAUCAGAAUAACUUAUAAAGAACAAGAGUUACAGCAUUCCGAAUGUUUAUUUGGAACCUGAUUAGGUUGAACCUCAACUCAACAGACACACGGGCGGAUACAUCAAAGGACAAGGUGGCAGGAAGACUAAGGCAAGGGCAAUGGCUAAGAUAAGCACUUUAAGGAAAAAGGCAAAGAAUGCUUAUUAAGCUAGAUUUGGUAUUCGCAAAUGA